GUCUAACAACUGAUCUACAAGAUGCAACUACAAUCGACAUAGACUAUAAUCUAUCUGAUCAUGCAAUAGCUACAACUUCCUUUUUUAUUCCAGAAAUUGUAUCUUCAACAUCCAGGACUCCU